AAGUACCUAUUACGUACUCCGUAUUACCGAACACUUCAAAUUCUCCAAUCUACCCCAUCCCAAUUCCCAAACAUUAAACUCCCAAAUCCCAAUAAGGCAAUAACCCACUUGGCCGGCCACUUCAUUGUUUUUUUGUUUUGUUUGUUUUCAAUUUUGAAAUCAAGUAACGAAGGUUCAAUUGUUCAAGGUUGCCUAAGUGAUAACUGAUUGAGAAGGUUUCAAAUCGACUGGCCGUUCGGUUGUUACGGCAAGGCGCAAGCCUUCAAUUUUUCAAGUCUGCCAAUCAAUCCAGGAACGGAGGAGGCGAGGAGCCCAAAGGUCGGCCGGUAUUUACAAAUUUACAAGUCUAGAACACCUUCUUUCAACUUUCAAGGUUUCAAACAAUCUGUCAGUCACCAGUGAUACUUGCAGAAGCUCUACAAGAUGGUGAAAAGGAAGACAUUGAUAUGGAUGAUUUAUUUCAAGAAUUGAAAAUGUUGCAAAAUAUUUUACCGGAUGAUAGGGACACAGCCAUUAAAAUUCUUGAUUUUGUGAAGAACUUGUGUUGUUAUCCGAAUACAACAAUUGCUUACAGAAUACUGUUGACAAUACAUGUGACCGUUGCCACAGCGGAGAGAAGUUUUUCAAAGUUGAAGAUACUGAAGAAUCAUUUGCGAUCGACUAUGUCUCAAGAAAGGCUGAAUGGAUUAGCAAUUUUAAGCAUUGAGCAUGAAGUCUUGGAAAAGGUUGAUUAUGAAGCAAUUAUUGAUGAUUUUGCUUCACAGUGUUCGGCGAGAAACGUUUUUAAGUAAUAUUUUUCUUUUUAUGUGAUACUUGUUACCUUUCAUCAAACAUGUUAUUUAAAUAUUAAUAAAGUGAAUUUCAUCUUUAUUUUUUUACCUUUAUUCAAUUAUUCGGCAGUUUUAUUAUAAUCUAUGUUUAGCUUAUAAAUUUAGACCCAACUUAGCUUCUCGCCCAUAGGCCCACAAAAUGACAGGACCGGCCCUGUUGAUGAGGAACGACUCUUCCUUCUUUCUCUCAUUUUUCUCUCUUUUAUCCUCUUCUUCUCUCUCUCUCGGUCGUACGUCUCAUUGUGG